CGAGAGAAACUGGGGUGGGCGGGAGUGCGCAGAAGUCACACGAUAAAAAGGCUUUGCUCUUGGGAAAAAAACUCUUGAUUCUUUCCGCAGCCUUCCGUUCUCCAUCGUGCGGUAUGAAGCAUCUACCUACCUGGAUACUUACCAUCAUUUCGCAGAUUUAGGUGACUUUCUUUCCCUCCCGACUUGGAUUCUACUUUAUGAUGAUUUUGGAUAUGUACCUUUGGGAUGAAGAAAACCCUUUCCCUGCCCGCCGAAGUAAGAUAAAAUAGGGUUUCGCUGACAUUGGAGUUACUCCUCUCGUUCCAUAUGAAGAAGUCAAACAUUUGGAUAUGCACCUGUGUCCAUUUAUUGCUGUACAUUACAGUUGCUGCCUAUUCCAGUGAAAUAGGAAAUCCCAUUACAGAUGACAUCAGGAAAAUUUCUUUGUUGAAACAGAAUAUUCCAAAAGACUACAAGAUUACAGUACGUUAUAUACCUAAAGAAGUGAGUGGUAUGUGCUGGGUGAAGCUAAAUGUAUUUCACUUGGAGGUGAGCUUAAAAGGCCUGGCGCAGAAGUUUGGGAACAUAUCCUCCAAUAAAGAUAAUAUAGGCACUUUUGUCCAAAUACUGCAAGAGAUGCGGUAUCAUAUUGGACAUGGCUUGGAGGAUUCGAUGCUAGAAUUCGAGUGUCAUUAUGUAGAGGAGAUGUGGCUUACGGCAAAGUAUUUUGAAUAUGUGGAGGACUUUUUCAACACUGCCAAUUCGUCGAGAGAGGCCGAGGAUUGCGAGCCCCCGCCAUGUCCCACGUCCACAAAAACAACAGUAACGACAACUACAACGAUGUCGACAACGUCAGCGCAACAUAGUACAAAUGAGAAACGUAACGGUUUGCCUGAUGACCCCGAAAAAGGGGCAUUCCUUCCGAAAGUUGUGGAGAGCAGUCUUAUGUCGCUCCUCGCCAUCCCGUUCAUCGCAGUGGUGUUUUUGUUGGUGUGGAAGAUUAAAUCUAGAAGAAACGCCCCCCAAACCGAACGGAGUCCAGAAGAAGGUCCCGCCCUUUUCUCAGGAGAGGAAGCCAGUGUACCCCCAUUAGAUGUGGAGAUAUCUGAAAAAAACAGAUUAAAUAUUAUCAUGGCAGUGUAAAUCCACCCCCAUCUUAACCAACGCAGUCACUGCUUCAGACGGCACAACGGACAGGAACAAACAAGUACCACCUCCGAAAGAUUCUCUUACUGAACUUCUAGCUGUGAAGGACACAUACAGGCCUGAAACUGCUCUUUGAGAACUGAUGCCCUCUUAUCAACCACUGCUGAACCCAUUGGGGUAGAUACAGUUGCUCCUUUCUGAGAACUUCUGAGAGUCACACUUCAUGCUCUUUAACACUUCCUUCUCCUCUCGGAGACCGCAAGGAGACAGGAGGAAUUAGAUGAAAAACAGAACGAAAGCAACACGGCAUUGGAUUCACCCGGAGAUGUCAAAUAGCCAAGCGCAUUUUUCCGAGCGCAGGAUCCGCAGUUCAGAAGGAGGGCAGCCAUAUUAUUGCUUGAGAGCAGAUGGCUAUCGAAAAGGAGUUAAAGCAGAAUCGACUACCUCCAGCUGCUCUGGUCCAUCUCCUUCUUUCUUUCUUAAUCCUUGUUCUCUCUCUCUUUCUUUUGGUCUGGGCGUCCAAAUAGACGCCUUUUCAGUUUUUCUGAGUGCUUGAAUCAGUAAAGUAAUUUUCAGAUUGUAUCAUCUGAUUUGUGAAUUGUUUUUAUUAUCACUAUAGACUGGUGGUGUGGACUUAAUUUAUUUAUUUUCUGAAUAUGACAUGACACCUGCAUGGCAUCAAAUAUCCAAUGAGAUGACCAAUACACAAUCAUCUCUACCUUAAAAAAUAUCUCGCAAUCCUUAAUCGCUUGUGUACAGUAAACCCUACGUUCACACUAGCUACAACCUUGUAAGUACCAUUAUAGCUCCUCAUCUGAUAGACGCCGUUACGUGAAUGACUUUUAAUGCUAUAUAUCAUAUAUUAAAGUCUUUUCAGUACAUCCACGAUUAAUGCACUUAGUUCCGCAUUACAGCUUUUUAUAAAGUCUGUUGCAGUGUUUUUGAAGUCAUUCUGGUGGCUGCUAAUUUUAUAGACGACUCCGCUUUUGUCAAUGGUCAUGAGAGUUUUAUAGCUUGUAGAUUUUUGAUUUAGAAUAAAAAUCCGAUUUUUCUGCCAUUCCAGAAGCAAAUGUAUUAAAAUGCAUCAGUCAGACUUAAGAUCAAAACAAACUCAAGUAGUGUUACGUCAAACAAAACGGUACACCACAAAAACAACUUAUUCGAAUACAGAUAUUCAUCGGUCCUUUGACGCUGUCGGAAGAUUUCGCUAACAGUACAAACAAGUAACCGUAAUAGAAAACGUACAUGUAUGCUUCUACUCAUAUUUUUGUGCCUUUUCAUAGCAUGGCUCUCCCUGUAAAGAUUCUUUUUGGAUAACCAGCCAUAUAUUUAUUACGGAAAAAAUUAUGUAAUAAUGUUAUUGCACUAGUCAUAUAUAUAUAUAUAUA